CCAGACGCCAAUCCCGAUCACCGCCGCCCAACCUCACCUCCCCUCCGUCCCCCGAGCCACCUCUGUAACCCUGUUCGGUGCCUCUCACUCCGGCUGCCAGAUGGACAGCGCCGACGCGGCGACGGCGCUGGGCGCGUGGAUCCGGGGCUACUUCACGCCGGCCACGUUCUUCCUCGUCGUCAACCUCGUCAUCGGCACCAUCGCGCUCACCUCCCGCGCCACCAAGCAGCGCCGCCGCAGGGAGAACUACUACCACGACGACGGCAACGGCCACCAGGAAACGCUGCACCCGCAGAUGGAGCAGCCGGGGUACGGCCACUACUACCACCCGGACCCCACGCUGUACGCGGCGCCGCCUCCGCCCGCGCCGCUCGCGCGCACGUCCUCUGUCCUCGACCGCCUCAGGUCGCUCGGCCUGUACCGCUUCCGCUCCGGGGACUUCCCGCCCGAGUACGGCGCCACGCCGCCGAACCACGCGCAGGAUGUGCCCGCUCCGGUGGAGGAGGAAGAGACGAUCGCGUCGGCGCACUACGCAAGGAGCCGGUCCGAGCCGGCGCCUGCUGCGCGGGAGGGUGAGAGGAGGCCGGCGCCGCCCAGGGUAAAGAAGUCGGGCUCGGAGGUGAGGAAGUCGCAGGUGUCGCGGGCGGCGCCCAGGAUCGUCCAGGCGGUCACCGAGGACGACGUCUCCGUCGAGGAAGCCGAAGGCGGCGGUUUCAGGCGGAGGCCGUCGCCACCCCAGCAAGAGUACCACUACCGGCAAGAAUACGUCACUCCGCCGCCGCCGGCACCCGCCCCGCUGCAGCGCACGUCGUCCGUGCUGGACAGGCUCCGCUCGCUGGGCCUCUACGGCUUCCUCGCUCCCGACGAACCCGCCGCCGCCGCGUCAGUUCCAGCGAGCGACGGCUUCGCCACCCCGGCGGACGAGAAGAGGCACGCGCACACGCACUACGACAUCGGCCGGUCCGAGCCGGCACGGGAGCAGCAGGACAAGAAGGAGAAGACGCAGGGGGGCAACUCAACAAGGGCCAAGUCGAGCUCGGGGGCUAGGAAGACGCCCGCUCAGAGGCAGGCGGAGGCCGGCGCCGAGUGCGUGGACGCGAGGGCGGAGGCAUUCAUCGACAGCUUCAGGCAGCAGCAGCAGGUGCACCACUACCAGGAGGAGGAAUACGUCCCGCCUCCGGCGCCCGCGCCGCCGCUGUCGCGCACGUCGUCCGUCCUGGACCGCCUCCGCUCCUUCGGCCUGUACCGCUUCCGCUCCGGCGACCUCGGCCCCGACCUUCCCUCCGCCACCGCCGCCACGGAGACGGACAAGGAGAAGCAGCAGGCGGCGCACUACGGGCGGAGCCGGUCGGAGCCGGCGCGGGAGCAGGGCAAGAAGCAGGACACGAGGAUGAACAAGUCGAGCUCGAGCGGCGUCGUGGCGGAGGCGGACGCGCAUCAGUGCGUGAACGCGCGCGCGGACGACUUCAUCAACAAGUUCAGGCAGCAGCUACAGCUGCAGCGACUGAACUCGCUGCUCAACUACAAGGAGAUGCUCAACCGCGGCGGUGACAAGCAGUAGCCGGAGCGUGCAAGGCGGAGGGAGAAGGGUAGCUAGCUGUAGGAUCCAAUCCAAAACCAUACUGAAAAAAAAAUCGAUCUUUGGUCCAUCAACCACUAGACCUCGAGUGUGGAUUAUGCAGUGUUGUUCUUAUUAGCAUCGUUAUGUAAGAAUCGCUAUUUUUUCAGCUUGUUAAUUUCAAUUGGUUUGUGUUGCUGGC